AUGCAUACUAAACAUCCUGUUUUAGUUUUAAAAAAAAAAGUAGAUGAACGAAUUGAAUAUAAAAUAAAGUGGAAUACAGGUUCGAUUACUUAUGAACCAAUGGUUGAACUUACUCCAGAAAUGCUUGAAAUAGUAAGUUAAUGGGAAUUGUAAGAACAUUAAAAAAAAAAUAUGAAGUCAGAUGAAAAGAUGAAUUAAAAAAGAACAAAAAUAGUAGAAGAGCAAAUAAAGUAGAGAAUAGAAGUUGAGAAACCAAAAGUAAGUUUGAGUCCGCAUUUGGAGAGAAAAUCUGAAAAGGGUUAUGUAAAAUCUUUAAGAAAGAAUGAUGGAAGAAUAGAAUUUUGGAUAUAUAUACAUGAAGAAGGAAUUGAGAGAUGGGUUUCAUUAGAAGAAGUAAAAAAUAGAAUGCCAAUAGCUUUAUGUGAUUAUCUAUUAUAGAAAGUAAAGUUUGGAGGAAAGUGA